GUGGAGGCGGGGGGAGCGCGCGUUUAGCCCGGAAUCGGCUUGCAGCAACCCCGAUCAAACUGUCGCUUUAUUUCCUUGCAUUUUUCACACUCGGGACGCGCCAAAGGACUGGAGUGAGUGGGCCGCCCCGGAUGCAUCCGCACAGGUGCGGAGGGCCACAUUCCAAGCCUACCUGCCUGCUCCGAAAUCCGAUUGCAUCUGCCGCGAGCGUCUCGCCGCCGCUUUGAAGGGCUGGGGAAACGCGAAAGGACUCCGGGCUGCAGGCAGCGCAGCCCGUGCAAAGGCUGUUUGGUUGCAUAGAUGAUCUUUCGCUCCCCCCCACCCUUCCCUCGGAGGCUGGUUCAGUUGCUCAUGACGUGCCUCUCUCGCUGAGCUGCCAGCCCUCCUGCUCACUCGCUCCUGCCUCCCGCUGCAGCUGCCUUGCAUUAUUAGCCCCCCCACCCCGCCUCCCUCGCCGCCGCUUUGCAAGCCAGCCUGAUUCAUUUUUCUUGCCGCUCUUGGAGGAAGAAAGCAGCAGGGAGGGGGAAGAGAGAGAAGCGACUGCUUUUUAAAACCCCAACCCCCCCAUUACUCUUCGGAAUCUGCUUUUUUUUUUGUCCCUUUAAUUAAUUGCAAGGAGGCUCGGGAGCCUGUCAUUCUCCUCGCCAGAUGAACGUUUUCUUGGAUCCUUGGACGUCUUGACUCCGGAUUACUCGGGGGAAAGGGAAAAAGAAAAGAAAAAGUGUCUGAACAGUGCUUGAACGGAGAUAAAAUAGACCAACAGCAGCUGGAGACUGGAAUAAUUAGUAACCAUGACGACAGAGACGGGCCCAGAAUCGGAGGUGAAGAAUGCCCAAGAGGAAACUCCACAGCAGCCUCCAGAGGAGGCAGCGAGUGGGCCAAACACAGUGACCGGUGGCUCCACACCCACGGCAAACAGCCAGGAAGCCGAGGCGAAUGAGAAGCCUGGAGCCCACAGCGACUCUAAGCAUGCAGAGCGGGCUGUGGACAUGGAUGAAAAAGACUACAGUGAAGCAGAUGGAAUAUCUGAGAAAACCACUCCCAGCAAGACCCAGAAAUCCCCCCAGAAAGUCACCAAGAAGCUCAAGAGUGCCAUCUGCAGAGUGACCCUACUUGACGCCUCAGAGUAUGAAUGUGAAGUGGAGAAACAUGCCCGGGGGCAGGUGCUCUUUGACCUAGUCUGUGAGCACCUCAACCUCCUGGAGAAGGAUUAUUUUGGACUUACGUUCUGUGACUCAGAUAGUCAGAAGAACUGGUUGGAUCCCUCCAAGGAAAUAAAGAAACAGAUUCGCAGUGGCCCCUGGAACUUUGCCUUCACCGUCAAGUUUUACCCACCAGACCCUGCCCAGCUCACAGAGGACAUCACGAGAUACUACCUGUGCCUGCAGCUCCGAUCAGACAUCAUCAGUGGGCGCCUCCCAUGUUCCUUCGUUACGCAUGCAUUACUGGGCUCCUAUGCUGUACAAGCUGAACUGGGAGAUUAUGACGUCGAGGAGCACGUGGGAAAUUACGUUGGUGAGCUUCGUUUUGCUCCGAACCAAACUAGGGAGCUGGAAGAGCGUAUCAUGGAGCUGCAUAAGACUUACCGGGGCAUGACACCUGGAGAGGCAGAAAUUCACUUCCUGGAGAAUGCCAAGAAGCUUUCCAUGUAUGGAGUUGACCUGCAUCAUGCCAAGGAUUCAGAAGGCAUUGACAUCAUGCUAGGUGUUUGUGCCAACGGCCUUCUCAUUUAUAGGGACAGGCUGAGAAUAAACCGUUUUGCCUGGCCCAAGAUCCUCAAGAUUUCAUACAAGAGGAGUAAUUUCUACAUCAAAAUUCGACCUGGUGAGUAUGAGCAGUUUGAGAGUACUAUUGGCUUCAAGCUGCCCAACCACCGCUCAGCCAAGAGACUCUGGAAAGUUUGCAUUGAGCACCACACAUUCUUCAGGUUAGUGUCUCCGGAGCCUCCCCCAAAGGGCUUCCUUGUCAUGGGCUCUAAGUUCCGCUACAGUGGGCGAACACAGGCUCAAACGCGACAGGCCAGCGCCCUGAUCGAUCGUCCUGCCCCCUACUUUGAGCGCUCCUCCAGCAAACGGUACACCAUGUCUCGCAGCCUCGAUGGAGAAUUCUCUCGCCCAGCUUCAGUCAGCGAGAAUCACGAUGGAGGAACAGAGUCAGACAGGAGAGACGAAGACAGCAGGUAUGGAGGAAGAACGCGGUCCGAGACCGAGGAUGAAGAGGUGACCACCCCAACAAAAAUCAAGGAGCUAAAGCCGGAACAAGAAACCACCCCGAGGCACAAGCAGGAGUUUUUAGACAAACCGGAAGAUGUUUUGCUAAAGCACCAGGCCAGCAUCAAUGAGUUGAAGAGGACACUGAAGGAACCUAACAGCAAACUCGUGCACAGGGACCGGGAUAGGAGGCUGCCUUCCUCACCUGCCUCUUCCUCGCCCAAACAUGAGGAUGAGACACCAAGGGGAACCCCAGAGAAGGCCAACGAGAUGUCAGAAGAGGAUUCUCCAGAGGAUCUGUCAUCUGAGCAUGGAGCUGCCUUAAUCAUGGAGUCUUUUGCACAGAAAAGCCUUGUUUCUUCUCCUGAGGGUUCAGAGCAUUGGGUAUUUAUAGAAAGAGAAACUUCUGGGCUGGAAGAGCUAGCACUAAAACAAAUAGUUGAGACCCAGAAAGAAGAGGCGCAUGCAGGUCCUUCAGAGAAGCAUCCAGAUUUGGAUUUAACAAAAGUGACCACUGCAGUGAGGGAACUCAAAGCAGCAGCAAAGCAUGAAGAUGAAGCAAGCGAGGAAGGCAGAGCACAUAUUCGGAAAAAAGCCAAAAUGAUAGCCAGCCCAGAAGAUUUUGAAUCGUUUUGGGAUGAUGAUGCGUAUGAGAGCGAUAACAGGAAACACUCUUCUGAGACAGAUGGACAGUCUACUGAGGAGAGAGACGAGCAGAAAGAUAAAAUGGAGACGGUGGUGGUAGCCUCCACUCAUCCUGAGGAGGCAGAACAGAAAGGCCAAAGAGAGGUAGUGGUGGUAGCUUCCACUAAACUUGAGGAGAAAGGAGAACAGAAAGACAAAAUGGAAGCAGCAGUGGUAGCUUCUAGCACUCUUGAGCAGCCACCUCACCACCUCGAAGGACCAACAGAAAAGAUUACCAUACCUGAAGGUUUCCAAGUUGAAGGACAAAUACAUGCCUCAGAAUCUCCAAACAAACAAAGCAGAACUAUAAUACAAGAACACAGGACUACUCUGACUCUGUCAGACAAAGAAGUGUUCAAAACUACCUCAGAUUCUGAGACUGUUAGAACUAAGGUGAAGAUGGUAUCUUCUGCUGCAGAAAGGAUAAUCUAUUUGGGGUCUGAAGAAACCGAUGAAAAAGAUGGUGAUAAGAUCAAUACAGUACCUGCCAGAGAAAAGCCCGGCUCAUCUGAAGACAGGCAGGAAAACCAAACAGAGUCAUUAGAUGAAAAAGAGAAGAGCCCCAGUUUUGCACCAGCUUCAGCUGCAACAGAGAUCAAGGAAGAUGAUGAGUUCCAAUCCAGGUCGUCCACAUGCGGGGGAGGACAAUCGGAGCUCAGUAAACCCAUUAUAAAAUCAGAUUUGCCUGACAAAGUUACAGAGGAUGGUAAAAAGUUACAUCCCACAGAGUUAUGUGCUUAUGAGAAAGAAGAGCAUUCAUCAGCUCCAGAGAAAAAAGCUUCGGUGGAACCAACUGAUUAUGGAACAAAAGAUUACAGAGAAUCCAAUGUGCAUCCUUCUAUAGAAGAAUUCAGCCAAAGAGUUUUCCAUUUAUCGAUGCCACAGCCAAAAUCUGGAUCCCCAACAAAAGAAACAGCAACUUAUCUCUCCUGUGGGCAAGAACAGGGAGCAGAUGAAACUCACAGUAUUCUCCAAGAAGGUGGAGAAGAAUCUGACAAGAACAAAGAUGAUACUGCCAUGGAAAAAGUAGGUUUGACAUUCAGAACUUCAGAAACUCAAAGAGAAAUUAAUAAAUUAGAAGAAACUGAAACUUCUCAAAUAUUCCUUCAAAUGGAAGCCAUAGAGAUUACAAAAUCCACCCUUGGUUUCUCACUGCAGCAGCUUUCCUGUACUACAGAAAUUUCAGAUGAAGAGCAGAGUAAACUGCAGGAUGCAAAACCAGGAGAAUUGCCCCAGGAUGAAACCCUUGAUUCAAGCCAGCCUCCCCAUGACAAAUUCUCUAAAGUUCAAAGUAAAUGCACCACAUCAGAAAUCUCUUCCAAGGACAAACACCCUGAAUUGGAAGAGUUAGCUAAAGAGGAUAACCACGAAUUGGAAGUUGUAGAUAAACAGAGAUUCCAGGAACUGGAAGAUGCAGCCAAUGCCAACCAUAUUGAAGUGGAGCAGAUGAUGAAAGAUAAGCCUACUCUGUCUGAAGAGUCAACUAAAGAUGAGCCAUCAACUUUGGAAAAUCUCUCAAAAUUGAAAGAGAUGGCUCAAGGUGCUCCCUCUGAGGCUGAAGAGUUAGACAGAGAUGUAUUGGAUAAGUUGGCUAAAGAUAAAGAAUUGGAUAGGCACGUAAAAGCAGAAGGGGUGACUAAGGAUAAAAUCGAAGACUUGAAAGGCUCAGCUUCGGAUGAACACUAUGAAAUGGAAGAGGUAGCCAAAGAUAAUCUCAAAGAAACAGAGGGUGUAACUCUAGACUUGGAAGAGCUGACUGGGGAUAAAUUCUCCAACUUGAAACAGCCAUCCAGGGAUGACAUUUUAUCCCAGGCUGGCCCUCCUGAUUCUAAACCUCCAGAAUCAAGAGAGACGUUCCAGGAUAAAUCUUCUUUGGAAGACGGAACUGAGGCCACCCAUACUGUCUCUCCUAAGAUUGGGCCAGCAAAAAGGAGCAAGGAAUGUCCACAUCCUUAUCGUGCUGUAGCACAGGAAAGGGAAGAACUGCACACUGUUAUCAAGGAAGGGAAACCAGGUCUAGAGCCACUGAAUCACAUGACAUUUAGCACAGAUACAACUACUCCACUUCAAAAACAUCAGGAUAUAGCAGCACCUGUAGAGAACCACGGGGGUUUAUUUGAGUAUAGAAAUGAGACGGACCAAGAAGUCUCUGUAGCUUCUAAAAUCCGGAUGUUUGAACAAGGUGAAGUAUAUAGCCCACUUUUUGGUGAACAACAUGCAACUCCAAAGGGGUUGUACGAGAGUUGCACUGGCAACGAGACACCAAAGGAUCCAUCAAGGAUGCAGAUAGAGCUACAAACAGGUAUAUUUCUAGAGAACAGCUGUGCAGAUGUUGAGUUGGCCUCAGGCACUUUGGAUGGCAAAGCCCUGGAUGUGAACUACCUAGCUGUUGUACAAGGAGCAAGUGAGGGAGAACCAUCCCAGUCUUCAUCUUGGAAGGAAGAUAUUUCUGUCGGAUCAGAGCAAGAACUGGAAGGGGAUGUUGAGCUGGCUUCUCCCGAUUCUGGCUGUGAAAUCACUUUGGCAGAAGCUGUGAGCAAAUUUCAAGAACCAGCUUGGGAAGAAAAGGAUUUGUCAGGCCCAUCAUUAAAAGCCUCCCCGAAAGAAGAGAGUUUAAUGGCUGCUCCUCCAGUGGCCCCUCAGAGAGCGGGAUUGAGGGAGGGCACAGAGGAGAAAUCUAAGCCACCUCGGCACAGGGCCCCCGAAAGUGACACUGGGGACGAGGAGCAAGACCAGGAGAGAGACUCAGUCUUCCUUAAAGACAACCACUUGGCCAUCGAGCGCAAGUGCUCAAGCAUCACGGUCAGCUCAACUUCCAGCCUUGAGGCUGAGGUGGACUUCACAGUCAUUGGCGACUACCACAGUGCCGCCUUCGAAGACUUCUCCCCGAGUUUGCCUGAGCUUGACAAGGAAAAGAGUGAGGGAGAAGCAGAGGGCGUGAUUUCUUCUGAGGAAUCGGACAAACCAGCUCCCAUGCGGGAAGAUGUUGCCCAAGAAGGGGAUAAGGUCCCCCGAGUAAUCCCAGAAGAGUCCUCCAUGAAACGGAAACUGCAAAAAAAAGCAGAAUCGGAAGCCUCUGUGCAGCACAGAAUCACUGCAACAGAAAUUACGCAGGUUGAUGGUACCACCACAGGCAGAAAGGAGACAAUAACCACUUCCCACAUUGUCAGCACAGAAACCAUAUCAACAACCUCAGAUCACAGCACCAAGGCUGGGAAGGGAACAACAGAACUUCGCUCCAUCUCUCCAAUCACCAGCAGUGCUGUUGGGAAAGAAGCCUUCUCCAGUCUUUUUGGUGCCACAGCAGAAACCCUCUCCACCUCCACAACCACUCAUGUUACCAAGACUGUGAAAGGAGGAUUUUCUGAAACCAGAAUAGAAAAGCGAAUCAUCAUAACAGGAGAUGAAGAUGUGGACCAAGACCAGGCUUUGGCUUUGGCAAUCAAGGAGGCAAAACUGCAGCAUCCUGACAUGCUGGUAACCAAAGCCGUAGUAUAUAGAGAAACAGAACCAUCUCCAGAGGAAAGGGACAAGAAGCCUCAGGAAUCUUGACCUUCGUGUUUCUAAAAGUUGGCAUCUCUAUUUUAACUUUGGAGCAAAAGAAGGGGCCUUUAUGCUGGAUUCCUCAAUGAGACAUAGAACGUCCUGGCUGCAAGAAUAAUGUUGAGAGACAAAAAAUAAAAAUAAAAAGGAAUAGCAAAUAUAUUAUAUAUUAUAUAUACAGGAAACAAAAUGCAUCCUUGCACUGCUGCUAUAUGCUGGAGAUGAAUUACAGACAGCAACAUCAGCAACAAAGAAAAACCAACCACCUCUUCAAAUAAAUUGAAGAAUUGACUGGAUUGAUCUAAAAGAAAGAAAGAAAAAUCACGAUGGUAAUAAUAUUAUUAUUAACAGUACAAUAAACCACCAUUCUGCAUGUUACAUUUAAAGGAUACAUAGCUCAUUUGUUGCACACUGAAUGGAAAAGCAAGAAUGCUUUGCAACAAAGCAAGAAAUCAACAAGCAAAACAAGCAGAAAUACAAAAUGAUUCCCUGCAUAGGAAUGAAUCAAAAACCAUUCACUUGUAUAAUUCUUGUUUAAUUAUUUUCUGAUUUGGGAUGUGUGGUGAUCACCCUUUCUCUCCACUUCCAUGCCACUUCUGUUGCUUCAUCUUUGGUUCUGUUAUUUCCCCAAACUGCCCUUCCUUUCUCAAGCUUUUGUCCCCCCACAUCUGGUUCUUUGUUCUUCUGAAGAUCAUUGACUGGAUUUCACUUAAAACAAAUCAAAACAUGUAUAUGAUUUCUAUAUUUGAUCAAAAUGCAGCCUGUAGAGGUUUCAUAUGGAUGUGCUUUUAAGUUAUGUAUAUUAUAUAUAACUGGGGAGGGUGGGGAAUGAUAUUAAAACAAAUUAAACAGUGCUGAUAAGUAUGACAAUGGCAUUUUUACAUUAUAAUUAUUUGAUUGACCGUGGUUGAUGUAUUAUAAGACUCUUAGAUCAUGCCAAUAUCCCAUGAAAACAGAGUAGGAAGAAAACAAACACUAAUGAACUCUGCUGGCUAUAUUUGUCUGUCACUCACCUGCUCUGUGCUCUUGCUAAAGGGACUGACAUAGUGACACAGUAGUGUUUGUAAUUGGUUGGUUGGUGAUAAGGCACCAUUCAGCAACCUGGAGAGGGAGUCGAGGAAGACAGAAUGGAUCAGUGUUACUGCAGCCCAGUUAGUCACUUAAGCGUGCCAAGGUCUCCCUCCUCCCCUGGGCCCAGGAGACUGAGGUCCCCUUGGGGACAUUAGGUCAGUUUGCUUCAUUCACAGCCUUUCAGUAUCUAGUAGGCUUUGAUCUCUCGGACCUAAAUAUUUACCUGUAGCAAAGAUGCCCUGUGUGUCAGUUUUUCAAAACUAUAGAGUGGUUCCUACUGGCCACAGGACUCCCUUUUUAGCAUCAUAUCUGCAAUGGAUCUUGAUAGCCCUCCAAAGGGAGUGUCCAUGUCAAACAAGGAGGCAUCCCCAUCCUGCUUGCUGUAUGCUGCAUGACUGUGUUUGGCCAGGGUGACACUAGCUUCUGCAGAGAGUGUCCGGCAGGUGGGGAACCAGUGUGAAACAUCAAGGCUUCCUUCUAAGCACUGUCAACCUAGAACAAGAUGACAAGUGAAGCGCUGGCUCUUUGAAAGUACAUCCAUUCAGUUACAGAAAGGGACAACCAGUGCACAACAUAAGGGCAGGUGCUGCUCGUGGAUGAGGAAGGCAUCAAAUGUAACUUGCUCUGCUACAAAUGGAACCUGGUACUUGGAAGGUUUCCUUCACUGCUUUCCACAAAUUACCUUCAUCCACUGUUUGAGGGAGAGUGACAGCAGAUGCAUAAUGUUAAGGGGGACAAACCAAAAUGAACCAGUUUCCAAGUGAAGCAGCCGGUGGCUCCAGACAUUAGAGAAAGACCAACAAAUAUUGCACCAUGCUUGCCUUUUUACAUCUUCCCUCCUCAACAUACAUAUGAUAGCUGGAGAAGGACAUUUAAUUAGUGUCUGUGAUUGGGAUCUAGAGAUCUUAGAGUAAAAGGGCCUCCUUGAAUAUAGUCAAGUGGAUGUUUCCCAUACAGUAAACUGCUACAAUAGAAAGCACUGGAUCGUUGGUCUUUACAGUUCCCUAAAACUGGAUCUGCGUAAAGCACUUAGAACAUAAACGGACUUCUUUCUUUGAUGUAGAAGUCAUUGCCACUUCUGUAUCCAACUGUAUGCUUCUCUCCCUGAAUUUUAUUUCGGGAUUGUUGUUAAUUUGUUCACUUCCUGUUGCUCAUAGGGAUCAUGUAAUACCCCAGAACCAAAAAGCAAAGAAAUAGCACAUAUGGAUGUGAAAUACAUAGAACUCUAAAUUGAUCUUAACAGAACAGAAAAAGCUUGUGCUCUUAAUUUUAAAAACAACCAAGACACAGGGGGAUCUUGGUGACAUUGUUACAGGAAAUUUGGGGGUAGAGGGUAACCCUCCCUUCUCAAACUUUGCAUUUUGAUUUUGACUUUCAAAAAAAAGAAAAGAACGUCAGCUCAAAAGUCACUGUUGAGUAGCUAGAUGGAAAGCACAAUCCCACUUACACUGGUAUACAUUGGGAUAAGUGAGUCAGCCACUCAAAUCUGUGGAGGUAAACAGCAUGAAGCCCAACAUGCUCAAGAUCAAAAUCCAACUGGGCAAUCAGAGGAAAGCUAAAAUAGACUUGUUCCUUCGGAUUCUUCCCGCAGCUUGUCUGAUGGGUAGCCAUUAACAAAAAAUAUAUAGUUUUUUUGGUUCACCUAGCAGGAUGUGGCUUAUAUAUAGACAUCUAUAUAAAUAUAUAUAAAUAUAUAUAUAAUAUUUAUUAUCUGUGGUAGUGUUGAAGCCAUGCAUAAUUUUAAAGUUAUGGCUUCCUCUUACCUUAAUCUUCACUACUGCUUCCAUCAGACGCAGCUGACCACACUCUUUUCUUUUCUUUUGGGCAUUUCCCUCUGCAGGGCGUGGGAGACGAAAGUGAUUGUUUGCGCCAAAUCCCUUAAGUUGAUUCCGAAACUGCCCUGCAAUUGCAUGAAUAAUAUUACUAAUUAUAUUUUUUCUUUCUUUUUAAUUUGAGAAGCACUUUACCAACCAACUGCAACGCUCUGUCAUUCCUUCCUCACUAAUUCCUCUGGCCAUCUUGCACCCCAUUCCUCUUUUUGUCCCCCACCCCACCCCUUCCAAUCAUAUCCUCUUUCAGUGCUUGGUGGUGUAUGCGUGUGUGCUCACUGUUCUUGUAUUCAAUAAAAGUGAAAUAAAUGUGUUUGAUGCUCAA